UCCGCAGCAACCUGAACUCUCGGACGCGUAAUUAGACGGCAGAGCAGCGCAGCGCCUCAUCAGCACCUGUCCCCACUCACAGAGAAGAUGCAGGAGGUGGGCAGAGCCCGGCAAAGUUCCCAGCGAGACUUCAGCGUCCUGGAUCGUCUGCUGCUCACGCAUCCCGUGUGGCUGCAGCUGUCCCUGAACCGGGAGUCGGCCCUCUACGUCCUGCUCAGUGAGCCUGUCGGGACGUUUUUAGUGUGCAAAUGCAGCACCAGCCAGAGGAAGGUGCUGUGUUUGAGGCUGACAGCCGACAGGAAUGCCUCAUCCGUUAAGGAGUGCUUCAUCUGUGAGGAGGACUCCACGUUUGCGUUGGAGAGCUCAGCACUCAGCUUCCCUGACUUGUGUCGUCUCGUGGCCUUCUACUGUGUCAGCAGGGAUGUGCUGCCUUUUCCUCUGCAACUACCAGAGGCCAUCGCCGACGCCACCACACAGACACAGCUGGAGGUGAUCUCACACAUGGGACAAGACUUCUGGAGUUCACCGACUGCUUCAGACAUUCAAAACGGACCGGCGGGGCCCGGUGAGACAACCAACGACAGCCCAGCCCACAUGGGGACAACCCAGUACCAAUGCUCGCUGCUGAACCAGCGAAGUCAAGGCAAAGUUUGCUUCAUCAAUCCACUCUUCCUUCAGCUGGAGGUCAGGAAGCCUCAGGACACAAAUCACAGCGCUUCCAAUAAACGCCAUCGCUUCAAGCGCAGCAUGAGGCUCCGGCUCUCUGAGACUUCCAUGAAUUUGUCUCUGGAGGGAGUCAGCUCCUACUCACCCUCCUCGACGCUGGAGCAAUCUGGAGGGGCCGAGGGACCUCAUAAGGUCAACGCCAACCCAUCGAGGCGAGUUCACGCCGGGGCUGGCGUCUUGAGGAGAACCCCUGCUGUGUCUCCUGGCUCGGCGGAGGAAGAGGACAUGAUGCCUCCCUAUGUGCCACAAGCAUCUGCCACAGUGGAGGAACCAGUAAAGGCCCAGCAGGAGCCAGAUAUCGAAGGGGCAGUUCAAGCCCUGGAGCACCGCCCCGUUCCAUCUUUAGCCGAGCUGGACAGCAGCAGCUCCUUCAGCAGCAUGGACGAGGACAAUGACUCAGAUUCAGAUCCAGAAAGCACGGCCCAGACCCAAACGCACACCUACCAGCGCCCGCCGCUCCUCCGCUCUCGAGGCCGUGGAGGACUGCACCACAUGAGCGAAGCAUUCGUGUGUUUCUUUGCACCAGACAAGCGGCUGACUCGCCUGGUGGAGGAGCUUUCCAGAGACAGGCGCUCCAUCUUUGGGGGCAUGGUUCAGGAUUUCCUCUUGGAGCAGCGAGAAUCACUGAAAUCCCUGACCUCCGCAUCAUCGUCCUCUUCCGCAUCGCGCGUGACCUCUGUGCAGCUUCUGCAGGGUCUGCGUCUCUUUCUGGCACAGGCCAAGUGUUGCUUGCUGGAGAGUGGUGAGCUGGAGCCUCCCAUUGAAACCCUGGUGCCCGAAAGUGAGAAAGAUCUAGCGCUGGAGCGAUCCAUGUUCUCCUGCGUGUUACGGCCCCUGAAGUCCCACCUGGAGAAAGCCCUGAUGGCUCUGCACAGUCGAGACGGCUCCAGUCAGCGCCUCACCCAGAACCUGCUCCGUCUGAAAGGGGGUGCCGCCAUGGAGCACGUCAGCGUUCAGAGGGGGGUCCCAGAUAGCAGGGAGGUGGAGAGGGUGAAGCAGAAACUGGUGCUGAUGCAGCGGACGCACUCGCCCAUCGAUAAGGUGCUGCUGCUGCUGCAAGUGUGCAAGUGUGUCCACAAGGCUAUGGGGUCCUUGCAUGGAGAAGAAGUGAGCUGGGAUGACUUCUUGCCAUCGUUGUCUUACGUGAUUGUGGAGUGUAACAGACCUCGUAUCCUGAUAGAGGUGGAGUACAUGAUGGAGCUGCUGGAGCCCUCCUGGCUGGGUGGAGAGGGUGGGUACUACCUGACCAGUGUGUAUGCCAGCCUGUUCCUGAUCCAGAACCUGGAGCAGGAGCGGCCGUUUUCAGGAUGCCUGACGCCCCAGCUCCAGGACGCGCUGAAGGAAUGGAGCAGCAGACGGAGCCGCGAGGCCCACGUACACAAGGAGAUUCAGCAGAGCCAAAGGUGCGUUCGGAUACUGUUCCAGGACGGGGAGCGGAGCGCCGUGCGGACGUUGCAGUGGAGGGCCGGGGAGACGAGCCAGGCCCUGGCGCAGCUGUGCGCCACCACCUUCGAGGUGUCCGACCCCCAGCAAUACACGCUGUACUGGCGCAGCGGCGGCGAGAUGCGGGCCCUGCCGCCUCAGGCCCAGCCGCAGGACCUCGCCAGCCACAGCGAGGGGGGGCCCUCGCUCUCCUACCUGAGGACCGACCACGACUUCAGCAAGAUGCGGCGGCUCACCAGAGGCGGCGCGGUGGACCUGAGCGAGUCGGUGUGCGAGGAGUGAGUGGGAGGCACGGAGGGAGGAGGAGGGGGGAGGAGAUGGAUGGUUGGUCUUUUUUUCUCUAUCUCUUUCUCUCUCUGGUGUGUCGUGUCUCGUCGUGGAUCAGGACUUGUGAAAAACUGCAGCCCUUCUACAGACUUGGAGCAGGCCUUACGCGGUCCACUCUCCCCUGAAUGGAGCCACAUGCAGAGCAGGACUGAUCCCAGAACUCGUAACCACGGUUGCAAGUGUAAAAGGAGUGUACUAUUUGUGACAUGGGAAAUGUGUAAUAAACGGAUUUGUCAUUCGAAACAUGAGGCCAGAGUUACACCAUGAAAGGAUUACAUCAUUACAAUCACGAGGUGGCUCGAGUCCAAAGACAAAACUCUGAGAGACUUCUGUUGCCUGGAAACAAAAUCACUUCCUGUACACUUAUAGGAAGCCAAAAUGUCCACUGUGGUGAUGUAACCCUUUCACAGUGUGGUUCUGGGCAAAAAAUUGAAAACACACUUGGUUGUUUUAUUGCUUCACUUAAUGUGUAAAAGUCUGCAGAUGUUUGGUUGGAAGUGUCAAAGUUGUAAAGUGGGGAUACAGGCCUUUUUUUCACGACCCCUGGAACACAGCUGGACUAAAGAAAGAAAAAAAAGAUGAGAUGCGUUACAGCCGAGACCAAAUCUCAAUACCAAAGUGACAGAAAAACAGAUAAAUUGAGGUCAUUUUGUGCAUAACCCACGAGGAUGGUUUUAUUCUCACUUUCUGGAGAACGGGUGCAGACUCUGCUCCUUCAUUAGUAUCUUCUGAGGUGAUUUUGGCAGUUGGAGUAAUAGAGUAUUGGGAGAACAAGUGGAAACGCAUCAGCUCUGUGUUUUUUAAAUACAGUAAGUUAAAAAAGAAGAAGAUCAUCAUCGCUCCUGGACAACCUGCAACAGAUUUACACACUGACUUGAGAAUGUAUUAAACCCUUUUUUUUCCCCCAUGUCAGAGUUUAAAACCUUUCGAAACUACUUUCACUCUUCAUUUCCAAUCACCGCUUUUCAGUUCUGUUGUUUCUCUUGACCGAGCUGCAAGAGGUGUUACGAGAGGACAACCUGACAAAUGAGCUAGAAUGUAAAAGUCCACGUCACCAGCUUCCGGUGACUCCUGCUGCAAGUCAUCACAAUCGACUGACUGUUCAACUCGGUGUCACUAUCUUAUAUCAUGUGUAGUUUGCAACUGAAUUUUGAUUGUUCUAUUUGUUGAGUAGAUAUCAAACCUAAUAUGGCGUUUUUAAUCCAACCAGGAGGUUCUGAGAACCGUGAUGUGUUUUCGAACAUUAUUGCAUGCUUUUUCAUUUGACUUGAAGGUUCUGAGGAUGUGUGUGUGCGUGUG